UCACACAGUACUUGCAGCCGGCGCCUUUUAAUUGUUUUCGUUGUGAAAUUCGCGCGAUUGCAGUUGAAGAACAAAUUAAAAUUCAGCAUGAGCACUUGGGACCCCGAUCAGGAUGUGGAGCUAACCGACUCCGAGGAUGAGAUUGCAAUGAAGCGCGAUUUCCAUGGACGCGAAGCCAUACUUUUCGUGGUAGACGCGAAUCUGGAGACAGAGCGCUUCAUGGACGCGCUUAGGCUAAUACGCGGUGCUUUCAUCUCCGGCAUGCUGGUGAACGGCAAGGAUCUAAUGGGCCUCGUCUUUGCCAACACCAAGCACAGCCCGCCGCCGCAGGAGGUACAGUGUCUGGAGAACAUAACGGUAUCGGCGAACUGCGCCAUCUUCCUGCCGCUGCGCCAGCUGACGAAGGCCAUAGUGGAGCACUACAUGGACUUUAUGCAGAACGCCGAAGAGCUGUUCCCCAAGGAGUACGGCCUGGCUGAGCCCGACGGGCGGGGCAGCUUUGCGCAGAUGAUUCGUCUGUGCAUCGAGAUGCUUGAGAAGUGCGGAAAGAAACUGAACAAUGCCAAGAUCGUGUACAUCACGGACGUGGAGGAGCCGCACCCAUCGUCCAGCCCAGAGUUUCAAACUGCUCUGCAAAAGGCCAGCGAUCUGGAGGGCAAAGAGUUCGAGUUCCAGGUGAUUCCCAUGAUCGAUGACUUUGACUACGAGCCCUUCUACAAGGAGUUCAUAACGCUGUCGAGAGCCAUCGAAAUAGACGCCUUUCGCGUGCCGGACGCGCAGCUGCAGCGCGAGAUCCUGGAGGAUCGCAAACUGAGGCAAGACUUUCUGCGUCGCUGCCUGGGUCACUUUACGCUCUCGCUGGGCCCCAAUCUAGAUAUAUCGGUGCAGUACUACAAUUACUUCCAGCGGCGCGCCUAUCCGCAGAAGGUGCACAUCAUGCGGCGCGACAACAGCGUCGUGCGCAAGCGGCGGCAGAUUAUGGUGCGGCAGCAGGAUGAGGAGACGCAGGAGAUAACGCACGAGUACCAGAUCAAGAUGACGGGCGGCUGGUACGAGUGUAAGAUAGGCGAGGAGACACUUCGUGUGUCCACGGAGCAGAUGAAUCGCGUGCGCGAUUUGCAUCCGCCUGGCAUGAUGCUGCUGGGCUUCAAGCACCGCUCCAAGCUGCCUAGCAAUUAUUACAGCAAGCCGUGCAGCUUUAUGUACCCGGACGAUCAGAAGAUCAUUGGCUCCAAGCGACUGUUCCGCGCGCUCUGGCAGCGUUGCUUGGAGCGCGAGAAGAUUGCGGUUUGUCUGUUCAUGUGCAAGCGCAAGUCCGUGCCGCGCUACGUGGCGCUGGUGCCCGUGGAGGCGGCCCAGCCGGACGACAAGAACUAUCGCUCGCUGCUCUCGGGCGAUGGCUUCAAGAUCGUCUACUUGCCCGAGGCGAAGCAUAUACGGCAAAUCGACAUGUGCGAGUGGAACAGCACGGCCAACACGGCAACGGACGAGGGCGUCGACUUUUUCCAGAAGGUGAUCCGCAAGCUGAGCGUCGACUACCAGCCCAACCUCAUCAACGACCCCAAUCUGGAGGUGCUGCAGUCCAAUCUGCUGGCUCUGGCCUUGGACUUCAAGACCGAGGACGACGGUCUCAGCCAGCUGCCCGAUCCGGCGAUGCAGAACAAGCGCAUCGAGAAGCUUCUGCCCCUCUACGAGACGUUGUUUGAUCCCGAAGUCGAGCCGGCCAAAAAGCGUGCGGCCAAGUCCAACGCCGACGAGGCCAGUGCGCCAAAAGUGGCCAAAAUUGAGCAGGAUCAGCUGUGCAGCUACGACUUCGUGGAGCUGCUGAUCAAGGAUAAUCGACUGGGCGCCUGCACCGCCCAGCAGCUGCGCUACAUACUCGAUCAGCAUUUCGGCGUAAAGCUAGCAAAAACCGCAACCAAGGCUGUGCUCAUCGAACGCAUCAAUGCGCUGAGCGCAGAUUGUUGAUGUUGAAUUGUAAAACGGAUAUCUGAAAAGUGUUUUUGUAUUAGUAUUAAGAAUUGCUAAACUGCAACAGGAAAACUGAAUGCAUUGCUUGAUUUGCUGAGCAUCAAUUU